AUGACCAUUCCUGCAAGCAUGAACAACCUCAGCCAGCAGGCUGGCGCCACCAGUGUCAAGCGCGAGCGCUCCCCCGAGACUGACCAGUCUCCCGAAUCCUACACUUCGACUCCCAAGCCCAAGCGUCAGCGUCCCAAGAACGACAAGGCCCGCGAGACCAUCCUUGCCGAACGCGAGAGUCACCUUGAAGAGCUUGCCACUCUCCUUGUCAACCGUGAGGCCCAAGUCGCCAAGGAGGAAGCUGCUGUUGCCGAGACGAAGGCCGCCUUCUACCACCGUCAAGAAGAGCUCAACAAGCUUGCCACCCAGAUGGCUGUGCGCGAGAGUGCCGCCGCUACUCAGGAGGCCGCCACGACGAAGCGCCUCAAUGACAUCUUCCACCUCGUGCAGAAGCAAAACGCCCGCGAGGCUCGCCUCAGCGCCUGCGAGGUGGCCUAUAGGGCCCGGUCGGCGGAACUCGACCAGCGCGCCGCUUUCCUCGAGCAGAACGCCGCCUUCGUCAACCAGAUGCGCGCCGGCAUGCUCGUGUCCUGCGACCACAUCAAUGCUGCCCUCGCCGCCUUCUCGUACUCCCACCAGCAGCAGUAUUACCACCCUCAGCAGCAAUACAGCGGCGCCUCCACUCCUCGUCCCAUCCAGCUUACCCACGAGGAGAGCCAGCUGCUCCAGAACUUCCACGCGUUGAAGGCUAGCGAGUACAUCCAGCCUUUCCCUGCUCCCCCACACCAGCAACCCAGGCAGGCAUGA